AGAAAAAAAAAUGAAUGUUUACCUCCCAGCUCCAGAUUAACCUACAAAGAUUUCGGCCUCAAAAUUUAUAACCCCACUAUCCACGCACCUUUCGAUUAUCCCAAUUUCACAGUGAUUUGCAUUUCAUCCAACAAAGGACAAACUCAAAGCCCAACGAUAUGUCAGGGCUCCAAUCGAUCUACCGCAAAGACUACCUGUGGCCAGUCCGAAAGCUCUACUUCCCACGAACCGAUCUUCGCUGUAGCGUCGCGGCGCCUGUAUCCCCGAAACAAAAUGAUCCUCGACAGGCCGACAAAGAUCGAUCCGCCUGUGCUUCCGAAGAGGCGCCUAGUCCGAAACUUGGAGCUUGUCCAAAAACGGAGACGCUCGAGUUCAGCGAGAUAGACGCGUGUCUGAAAAAGAUGUUCAAGGAAAAUCCGAACAUGUUGAGCGUCAUGAAGAAACGACCGUCGACCGACGCGCUGAGACAGUUCAACGCCGAGAGGCUCAGGUCGACUUAUCAGGUCGACUUUGACCAUAUGGAGGAUCAAGCCCAGAUCGAUCAAAGACAAGCGGCCUGUCCCAACGACACUACCGAUAAAGUCCCACCGAUCUGUCGUCCGCAAACCCGUUCCCGCGCCGAGCUGAUGAAACGUCGUCGCGGGGGUAACUCUGAAGCCCAACCUGACCCCUGCAGUGAAAAAGCCAAGUCUAAGCAGAGGAAGAAGAAACGCUUCGACGAAUCUGACCAGCCGGAUUUCAUGCUGCGCGUACUGCCGCCUUGGAGCAGCGAGUAUCGGGACAUGAUCAACAAAACCGGCGGGGAGAUCAUGCGCGAGAUGAAGAUGGGCCCAAGAAAACGGGCCGCCAGACUCAGGAGGAAGAGGCUUUUCGAGAUACCACUCUGCGAGGACAAGAUGACUCUUGGUUGAUCCGCACUCUGAAUAAAAUGCUCGAAAGAAAUUAU